AUGACGUGCUUACCAGUAGCAAAGUUUCAAAAAAGUUCUGGAUUUAGUGGUUCGUAUGAAGCAAAGUCUAGCAGUGGCGGUCUUUUUUCCUUAGAUGAUGGAGAGUCAUCUAAUGGGUUUGACUUAGGGAAGAAAAAGGAAAAAUCAAAAGAUGGAGUUGAUGAAAAUGCACCUGAGGUUGAGAGGAAACGUCAGAAAUUAGCGAGGAAUACAAUAAUUGGGAGUAUUUUAGUACUUGUAUCUUGCGGUGCUGGCUUUAUCUUCUUUUGCUUUUAUUAUGGAAGGUCCAAGAGAGACGAGCAUGGAAAUUACGUUGAAGACGAAUUUAGUGGGUCAUAUCUGGCCCCAUUUUAUAGAAUAAUGAAAAGCUUUAGGGAAUGGCGUGAUUACGUUACGGAACCUUCCCGAGAAGUACUGUUACCAGAUCCCUUACCAUCACACUUGCAGCCUAAAUACACAUUAGUUAUCGAAAUGAAAAAUAUCUUGAUUGCUCCAGAAUGGACGUACAAAACUGGGCACAGAUUUGUGAAACGACCGGCGUUAGAUUAUUUUUUGGAUAUGGUUGGAUAUCCAAAUUUUGAAGUUGUCAUCUAUACUUCGGAAGGAGCUAUGACAGCACAUCCAGUUAUUGAUUCUUUUGAUCCAAAGCAGCGGAUAAUGUAUCGUCUCUAUCGUGACUGUACAAAAUAUAAAAAGGGUCAUCACAUAAAGGAUUUAUCGCGCUUGAAUCGUGAUCUGUCGAAAGUAAUUUAUAUUGAUUAUGACCCUCACUCCUUUCAACUGAACCCUGAAAAUGUGUUGAGGCUGCCAAAGUGGGAAGGUGAUAUGGAUGACACCGCGCUUGUUGAUCUGGCGGAGUUGCUGAAAACGAUAUAUCUUUCGAAUGUUGAAGAUGUUCGACCUACAUUGCAGUAUUACAGCCAGUUUGACGACCCACUGAAGGAGUUCAGACAACGAGCCAUAUAUCUAGCAGAGCAGGUUCGCAUUUCCAAUUCUACACAUUUAUUUCCUUACCGAAUUGGACAGACAGUAGACUCCCAUUUGGUAGUGCUGUCGUCUGUUUUUGACCUUCUGGCAGAUUCACGGGAAACAACUUAUGCUGUUGAAUUUGCUGUCUUCGGUUUACUAAGUUUGUAG